GGCGCGGGGUGCAGGAGGAGGUGGCCUCUGAUUGGUCGGGGAGGGGGAGUGGAGGCACGGAGUUUCCCACAAUGCUCCGGUGCGGUGCAGCCGCGGAUGGAUGCUGCGGGAAGGGGCUGCCAUUUGCCGCCCCUGCCAGCGGCGCGCGGACCUGCCUGCUCUCCCGCAGCGCGGCCGCCGACAGCGCCGUCAGCCGGCCCGGCCUCUGCGGCGGCGCUGCCUCGCCUCCCUCCGCGGCCGCCGGAGCGGUCGCCAUGAACCCCAGCUCCUCGGCGGGAGAGGACAAGGGGGCGACGGGCGGCGGCGGCAGCAGCAGCGGCAGCGGCAGCGGCGGAAGCGGAGCCGGGAGCUGCUGCCUGGGCGCCGAGGGCGGCGAGGACCCGCGGGGCGCCGGGGCCGCUGCCCUGGAGGAGCCCGGGGCCGCCGGCCCGAAGGAGAAGGACGAGGCGCUGGAGGAGAAGCUGAGGAACUUAACUUUCCGGAAGCAGGUCUCUUACAGGAAAGCAAUCUCCCGGGCAGGCCUGCAGCAUCUGGCUCCUGCUCCUCCCCUCGGCCUUCCCGUGGCAAAUGGUCCAGCGAAGGAGCCCAGAGCGACUCUGGACUGGAGUGAGAACGCCGUGAACGGAGAGCACCUGUGGCUGGAGACCAACGUCUCGGGGGACCUGUGCUAUCUGGGCGAGGAGAACUGCCAAGUCCGAUUUGCAAAGUCAGCCCUGAGGAGGAAGUGUGCCGUCUGUAAAAUCGUCGUCCACACCGCCUGCAUCGAGCAGCUAGAAAAGAUUAAUUUCAGAUGUAAACCAACAUUUCGAGAAGGGGGCUCGAGAUCGCCAAGAGAAAACUUUGUGCGUCACCACUGGGUGCACAGGCGUCGGCAGGAGGGAAAAUGUAAGCAGUGCGGGAAGGGCUUUCAGCAGAAAUUCUCCUUCCACAGCAAAGAGAUUGUGGCCAUCAGCUGUUCCUGGUGCAAGCAGGCGUUUCACAAUAAGGUGACCUGUUUCAUGCUGCAUCACAUCGAGGAACCCUGCUCCCUCGGGGCGCACGCUGCUGUCAUCGUCCCGCCCACCUGGAUCAUUAAGGUGAAGAAACCUCAGAACUCUCUGAAGGCCUCCAAUCGGAAGAAGAAGAGAACGAGCUUUAAAAGAAAAGCCAGUAAAAGAGGAGCUGAAGAAAACAAAGGUCGUCCUUUCGUGAUCAAACCCAUCUCUUCUCCUCUCAUGAAACCCUUGCUUGUGUUUGUGAACCCCAAGAGCGGAGGCAACCAGGGAACCAAAGUCCUGCAGAUGUUCAUGUGGUAUCUGAAUCCCCGGCAAGUCUUCGAUCUUUCUCAGGAGGGGCCCAAAGAUGCGCUCGAGCUGUACAGGAAGGUUCCGAAUCUGCGAAUUCUGGCCUGCGGUGGGGAUGGAACGGUGGGCUGGAUCCUUUCCAUUCUGGACGAACUGCAGCUGAGCCCGCAGCCUCCCGUCGGAGUCCUUCCUCUGGGCACUGGGAACGACCUGGCUCGGACUCUCAACUGGGGUGGGGGCUACACCGAUGAGCCUGUCUCCAAGAUCCUUUGUCAAGUAGAAGAUGGGACAAUUGUCCAGCUAGACCGCUGGAACCUCCACGUGGAAAGGAACCCAGACUUGCCCCCAGAAGAACUUGAAGAUGGCGUAUGCAAGCUUCCUCUGAAUGUUUUCAAUAACUACUUCAGCCUUGGAUUCGAUGCCCACGUCACACUGGAGUUCCAUGAAUCCAGAGAGGCAAAUCCAGAGAAGUUCAACAGUCGUUUUCGAAAUAAAAUGUUCUAUGCAGGGGCAGCUUUUUCUGAUUUCCUACAGAGAAGCUCUAGAGACCUAUCCAAACACGUUAAAGUUGUUUGUGAUGGAACAGAUCUCACCCCAAAGAUUCAGGAAUUGAAGUUCCAGUGUAUAGUAUUUUUAAAUAUACCCAGAUAUUGUGCUGGCACAAUGCCCUGGGGGAACCCCGGGGAUCACCAUGAUUUUGAACCUCAGCGCCACGACGACGGUUAUAUUGAAGUCAUUGGAUUCACCAUGGCGUCUUUGGCCGCCCUGCAAGUCGGGGGCCACGGGGAAAGGCUGCACCAGUGUCGCGAGGUCAUGCUGCUGACUUACAAAUCCAUCCCCAUGCAAGUGGAUGGAGAGCCCUGCAGGCUGGCGCCGGCUAUGAUCAGGAUCUCCUUGAGGAAUCAGGCCAACAUGGUGCAGAAGAGCAAGAGGAGGACGUCCAUGCCUUUACUCAAUGAUCUCCAUCAGGUGCAAGCUGCGGACCUGCGGAGAGUGUCUGCCCCCCCUGGCUCCUUCACCAUCCCCCAGUCUGUCCCAGACCGCCUGAGGAUCCGCGUGAACAAAAUCAGUUUGCAGGACUACGAAGGGUUCCACUACGACAAGGAGAAACUCCGGGAAGCGUCCAUCCCCCUGGGUAUUCUAGUUGUGCGCGGAGACUGCGACUUGGAGACUUGCCGUAUGUACAUAGAUCGCCUACAGGAGGACCUGCAGUCAGUUUCUUCUGGCUUCCACAGAGUUCAUUACCAGGACCAAGAAACCUCCUUCCCCAGGGCACUCUCAGCUCAGAGACUCUCCCCACGCUGGUGCUUUCUAGACGCAACUUCUGCUGAUCGCUUUUAUCGAAUAGACAGAUCUCAGGAACAUUUGCACUUUGUGAUGGAGAUUUCCCAGGAUGAGGUUUUUAUUCUGGACCCAGAUAUGGUGUUGUCGCAGCAGGCGGGGACACCGCCAGGAAUGCCCGAUCUGGUGGUGGAGCAAGCUUCAGGAAUGUCAGACUGGUGGAACCCUGCGCUACGGAAACGCAUGCUGAGUGAUAGUGGAGUGGGCAUGAUCACUCCGUAUUAUGAGGACGCGGAUAUGAAAGAUCUCAGCCACUCCCGUGGGCUCCAGUCACCAGUGUCUUCAGAAGAUCACGCAAUUUUGCAGGCGGUAAUAGCUGGUGACCUUAUGAAGCUAAUAGAAAGCUAUAAAAAUGGAGGCAGCCUGCUAAUUCAGGGACCAGACCACUGUUCACUCCUUCACCACGCCGCUAAAGUGGGCAACGGGGAGAUUGUGAAAUAUAUCCUUGACCACGGACCCUCCGAGUUAUUGGAUAUGGCCGACAGCGAAACGGGUGAGACCGCGCUGCACAAGGCCGCCUGCCAGCGGAACCGGGCCGUGUGCCAGCUCCUGGUGGACGCGGGAGCAUCUCUGAGAAAGACGGACUCCAAGGGGAAGACACCUCAAGAAAGAGCUCAGCAGGCUGGGGACCCUGAAUUGGCUGCUUACCUAGAAAGCCGUCAGAACUAUAAGAUCAUUGGCCAUGAAGACCUGGAAACUACUGUUUGACCCUGGGAGACGGGCGAAGAGAACCUGAGCGCGCAUAUCACCUGUGCCCUCCUGGCGAUCGGGCAGCUCCCCUGGAAGAAGCUGAUGGAAUCCAUAAAUCCAUCUCUCUCCUGCAAGAGUCUAUCUGAGACCGCUCCACCAGUUUUUAAGGGCUACCAAGAUGUGCAACAAAAUAGGAUAGCCCGCAAAGGACGAGGCAGGGUACCUGGAGAUCUGUGGAAUACGAGUUCCACAAUAUUCGAUCCUUAUCGCUUCCAGCAAGUAGCAUGAACUUCUGUGUCCACCUGUAUCAUUUCUUUUAAAGAUUCAAAGGAUGUUCGUACAAAAGGCACUGCUCCCUCCUCCCCCAGGCAUUCACCUUCCCCUACACCAUGCCAUUUCCCUGGAACUACCCAUUCAUUGAAAAAAAAUGCAACACAGUCUCUUCUCUUUAACUUCAGUCUUUGAAGAAUGCAAGGCUGUCUGAAGACCUUUGAAAACCCUCUGGAGGCCCCGCAGAAACUGAACUGUUAAACUGCUUCCAUUUCCAAGACUAAAUAUACCAGGACGAUUAGUGACGGUUUUUUUUUUUUUUUUUUGCAUGUCUCUCCUCCCUCCCCAGUCCCUCUCCAUCACCUAGGAGCUGGGAGGUGCCACAUGGGUGAUGUCAACUUGUGCAUUGUACCUCUGAGGUAUGGUGAGGUGGCAUGGGAGUCGCCUGUUCUCAGAGGGACCUCAGAGAAGUAACCCAGGUGUUGGCCCAGGUUGCGGGGCUGUCGCCGGCGGCCACAAAGGUCGGAUUCAGCUUGGGCUGUUUGCACAGCUCCGUACUGCCUAUGUAGCCAUCUUUGCCUUUUGCUGCAAUGUAGAGACGAGCAACGGGUUAAGCAAAGGCCCGCGGCCAGUUUGCAGAAGCGCUCAGCUCCGAGUGCCGUUUCAACGGCAGAGCAGAAAACCACGUGCAGGAACUGCGGUUACAGGAUAUGGAGCUCCACGCCAGCACGGACUUCUAAACUUUCUGAGCGAUAAUGGAAAGCAGGCAAAUGGACUUGAAAUACAACAGCAGAAGCAAAAGUAGCAACACAUGUCAAAGAAACUCACUUAAGUACGAAAACAGUCACUGGAAUUUUGCACAGAGGCUAAUAAGUACAGACUCUUGGGCACAGCGGUGAGGGUGGGGGGCGGUUUUAGGUUUUCCUUCUAAGUGUUGGUUUUCGUUAGCCCAAGUACACCUCGUCCCAAGGACAAAGCCUUGCUGCGUGAGUUUCACUGCCGACAUUCAGGACGCGUGGCCCUUUCCGAUGGAUGCCUCACCUAGUUACUUGUCAGGUCCCAAUGUCGUACCUGACGGCACUACAGCCCCAUUUUACAUGUGCGGGGGGAUCUGAUAUAUUAUUUUCUCUAUUUUCUUCUACCAGAAAGUUCUUAGCGCAAACCACUGUGGGAGCCCAGCCGGGAAUGUCUCUCCGGGAGGGGAGUGGUCACUCCUAAUCCUGCCGCGGAGCAGGGGGUACCCACAGGUGCCUCUCGUAGGGACUCGGUGAUCGUUACAAUUUUAGGGGAAAAGGUCUUCUAACUUUUGGCGACCAUGUGUACUUGACUUGCGUGUGAGUCAGGAAUGAAUGCGGUGACCCAGGGGUUUGCUUUGAAUUAAACGUCUGUUUUCAGGGCUCUUCUCCACUUUGCUCUUAGACGUAAGCAACAUGCUUCCUUCCUGUUUCUGCAUGUCAGCAUAAACGAUUGUUUCUCUAUGUUGAAUUUAAAGUGGUGACACGUUGCUCAUCCGAAUCACGUUUUGAUCACAUAUCACUUUGAAAGCACAGACAGGAUCUACUGUUCAGUAGGAGUAGCCGCUCAGUGGCUGGGGAUUGAGUCUCUCCUGAGUCGUUUCAAAAUCGAAUGGCUGGCAUUAUUUUCAGCUGUGGGAGGACGGGUCGGAUGCAAGUCAUCUAUUUCCAUAGGUCGGUCUUAGAAAUGCAACUAUCGUCUGGGUUUUAUGGUGAGGGGAGGAGGGACGGCAGUAGAUUGGUUCCAGAAGCUGGAAAAAAUAUGCCGCCGGCGAAUUUAAUCACUGGGCUUCUGCUGGGACUUUGCAAUUGGUGGAACCGUCAAGGAGAUGUUGUGAUGACAGAAAUAUAAUCCUUAAAACAGACUGAAAGCUGGCUUUGAAUGGUGCCUCCCAUUCCCUAGACGGAGCCAAACGCUUAGCCGCGUGCUCAGCUACCCAGCUGCCACUGCUGGGGUGAAGGACUCUUUUCAUCACCUCCCAUCUCGUAUUUCUCUGUGAUGCUUCAAAGCAGCUCAGAGAAAAUUUAGGGUACAGGUGGCCAAGGGCCAAUUCCCAUAGCGCCAAUGGAGGUCACAAGUAAACCUCGGCAAUGAAAAUAGAUGACGUACUGACUGCUGUAGGGGUCUUGGAACAUUUGGAAAUUGUUCAAACCCUCCCCGCUCUGCCCCCUCCCCGCAAAUAGUAAUAGAAUCCUAUGUUAUUUCUUUUAAGAUUUUAUUUAUUUAUUUUUAGACAGAGGGGAAAGGAGGGAAAAAGAGAGGGAGAGAAACAUCAAUGUGUGGUUGCCUCUGGUGUGUCCCCUAUCAGGGACUUGGCUGGUAACCCAGGCAUGUGCUCUGACUGGGAAUUGAACCAGCGACCCUUUGGUUUGCAGGCCGGCACUCAAUCCAUGGAGCCACACCAGCCAGGGCAGAGUCCUACAUUAUUGAUGGAGAAUGAUACAGGACCAAGGCAAAUAUCUCUGAAAAAAAGCAAACACCCCCAGGAUUUGGGCUUUCCAAAAACAAAAAGUCAAAAAUGAGCAAAAACAGUUACAUAUGUAAUGGCUUCUACAUUACACCUACUUCCUGGAGCAUUUUAUUUUUUAAUUGAACAUUGCAUGCGACAGUCCUGGGCUUUAAAAAGUGCUCAGGCCAUGUGCUCCAGGGGUUUCCAACUCUGAAUCAGCUUAGGUAGAUAGUAUCCCACUUGUAAUGGGCCCUCAAGAAGUCUGGCCCCAGUCUGAAACCCCACAUAACUUUCUUUUAAAAGACAUCAAACGAUAUACCUGUAGAAAUACCACUUUCUACAAAACCUGCUGAGACUACAGCACCGAGUGGCUGGCUCCGCUGACAUUCCUCCGUGUCUGGCUCAGAGGAGCCCUGUGUGUUGCCGCCCUGUCGGCUUUGGGGUGCCGUUUUUAGAUCAGACUGAUAGAGCCAUGAGAAAUGGAGCGUUAUUCAAAGACAACAUGAUAUAACCUUAAAGGUAGUCAUUUUUUUUUGAAACCUUCUAUUCCAGUUUUACACCAGUAAUGAAAUAGAACCCAGGCGAGCUGUGCUUUAUCACGUUCAAGGACACGAUGCAGCACAGGAGCCAAGAAGGAAAUAAACACCACGGCUAGGAGUUUCACUUUGAGAGUUCUGGUUACCUCUAUAGAAGUUCCAGCCUAAAACAGAUGCCAUUUUUGAAAGAAAACUUAGCUGGCAAGCCCAGCCGUGAGAUCAGCAGUGACCGACGGGAGGCCCGGCAUCCCCAGACGCCCCCACCUUUUCAUAGGCGCUGGCUUAAUGCUUAGGCCGGUCCACUCAAAGAAAGAUGCUCAAUGGGCAGUUCAUGUUCAUGUGGACUUAGUAACGGUCUCCUCGGGGGAGGAUUUCUGAAACGUGUGUAUUAGAUUCUCAAACUAUCCACGACGUAGAGAAUGUGGGGCAGCGGUUUUAUUUUUUACGUGUCCCCUUUAUUUAAAAUAUUUGGAUGUUUUGAAAUUAUAAAAGCAGAACCUGCUUUUUAUAAAAAGCUCUAAGCCCAUAUAGGUGAGGAGCCCAUGCAAAGAGAGGUGCUCCUCUGUGUGUGCGGUGUCCUCGUCCCACUCUCCGGAGAUCAGUAAUGCUGACCUGAUGGGCAUGUGAACGUUGCUGCUUGUAAGUCAUGUGAGAAAUACUCUGUGCCUACACCGGCCCACCUCCUCACGGAAAUGCAUUUAUCUGUAUACAUGUAUGUGUAUAUAUGCUAUACACACAUACACAAAAGAGAAAGCAUUUCAGAAGCAUGCUGGUCACCUGUAUAUGUAUAGUUAACACCAACAGCCCAAGACCAGGGAACAGAGAAUUUCCAUGUAUCCAUUGCUGUUUCUACUACCACUAAGCUUAGUUCUACUACUGCAUCGUACUGCAGUUGCACAUGGCCUUUGCUAGUGCCUGUGUCAUCACACCCACGACCGAAUGGUCUGGUGACUGCUUAUGUUACCUCCCAUACAGCAUGGCGCCUACCAGAGCCCAGAAACCUGCUCGGAUCUCAAGCGGAGGGUUUGUUCCUGUGCGAUGCUCACACACUUCCCCAAGCUGAGGUCACAGGACUAGCGCCCCGUAGGCCGCCUAAUGAUAUUUAAUUAGGGUGAGCUGUUGCUAGGGAAGUGUAGGAACUUGGGCGUGGGCUGGGGUCUGAGGAGCUUGGCUUCCUUCCAGUAGGAGUCGCUAAUGAAAUCACUGAAACAGCAGGCUAUCUUCUGCAAUUAUGCUAUUUAAAAGUAAGAUAGAUCAUUAUGAAAUUAGCUCAUCAUAACCACCAACUAAAAGUACUAAUUGCUCUACUUCAAUGGAUUAUUGUCAUUUAGGGGGAAAAAAGGUCUGGGGCACGCAUUCCAUUAGAGAGUUUUCUAACUCAUCGUAAACUUUUGUUUAUUUAGUGUAAAGCAUCCCAGGUGUUACAGAACCAUCCCUGAAUCAACCUUUUCAUUCUCUCAAGUGUGUAUUCAGCUGCUGGUGAGUCCUGCCAAGUUUUCUUGGCCAGGCCUCUCAGAUCCACCUUGGCACCUUCAUCCCUUUUAGGGUCCCCCUCAUCACUCACCUCUGGUCCCUCCAGUUGUCUGGCCCUGGCCACAGCCCUGCUGGUAGGCUGCUCUUCCACCUUCAGUAAUUUUUUUCAUGCAGGUACAAAAUCGCCCUCAGCUAUUAUACACAAAAGUGGAUCAAAAUGAAAUCACCCUCUGAGACAAAUAUCCAUUUUGCCUGAAGGACAAACAGACGUCCCCUGACCCAGAUCAUGUCCUAGAGACCCAGGAGCCUUCCUCUGAGAAGUGACUUGUCAGACAGGGUCAGCAGAUGUCUGUGUCAGUCAUCCCAGGAGCGUUGGGUAGGCUGCAAUCAUGAAAGCUUCAUCCACAUUGAAUGUUACCAACAAUGUGCCCCUGAGAAGCCACCCCCGAGGCUGGGUUAUAUAUGUGCCAUAGUCCUGUGGCUGCCUGUGGACUUCAGGCUGUCUCCCGUAGUUUACUGAGAAGCCGGAACACAGGACCCAAACAAGGCGUUGUGCCUGGGGACGACCUGCUCUCCCAGGACACUGAGAAUCAUUGAACUGGUCCCAAAAACAGACGCGGGGGGAAAAAAAAGAAUUCCGAGGCUGUUGAAGCACUACAUUUUAAAAAUAGAGAUUUGAAUAUUGGAUGGUAUCCUCAUGGUGGACAGAUUCCAGUCUAUCUAUAUCUGUAUUCAGUUCAUUCACUCAUUCAAAUACAACCAUGUUUGCGAAUCAGUCACACAUUUGUGUUUUUAGUCAUUUCUUUUCAGUAUACAACAUGUUUAUGACAUACUGCGAUGCAGGCACCCUACUAAGGAUGUAACAAACAGAGGAAACAGAUCUCUGGACCUCACGGAGCUGACAGCUCAGGAGAGAAGACAGAUCCCGCCGUGCGGGGCUCUGCGCGGGAGCAGCCCCGGCUCCGCGGGGAGCAUGCGCUGGGGGCUCAGCCGAGGCUUCCAGUGCAGGCCGCUCGAGCCAGCGAUGUUUCCCUCCCACGAAAUCGGAAAGGAGAAUAUGAAUGUGCAGGAGGAAUAGUGACAUUUUGCAGUUCCUUUCCCUUGGAGUUUUGGCACUCUUCUUAAAAUCGUAUAUGAAACCAAGACUUCAAGUUGCAACGUAGACACACCGCUAAAAUGAGAGUUAAAACGCACCCUGUAUCUCAAGGAUGUAACUAGAAAGGAGGCAAAAUUGGCAGUGGGUUUGGUUAGCUAUAGGGAAGGUGAAGUAUAAAUAUCAUCAGAGAGUGGAGCGGGCGCCCUAAUAAAGUUAUAACAUUGCGGCCACAUGACCACCUUGAGGGGUGCUGUGCCCUGGGACCCCUUGCCCGAGGGAGCUGGAAUUCAAUUCAGUGACUUCUUAAGUGUUUCUUUUAAAAUGACUUUGUGGAAUGGCAGGAUUUCACUUGAAACAUGUAUCAACAUCUUUUCAUCUUUGAAACAUCCCUUUGUGAGUGAGGGGCUCUCAAAUCCUAGGGACAAUGACCUUCCGUUAUAAUUGAAAACACUUUUAAAUCAAUGCAGCCUAAUCCACAGUAAGAGCUGUUGAAAAGAAAGCAUGCUAAGAGGUACAACUUAUUCAGAAAUACCUCUGGAGCAUUAUGCAUUUUGAUGAACGUUCGUUCUUAAGCAUUCCCCCUAUUAGAAAUCUGUUUUACUGUCUGUCUGUCUAAUACAAAAAAAGUGCUGCGAUUUGAUACGCUUAGAAUUAAAUGUCAUCUAAUGGAACCACAGAAGAAAAUUCUGCCUAACAGAUAUUUGGAAGCCAAGGCCAUGCCCAUGAAAGGCAGCCUUGGAAACUGCCUUGGCUCCUGCUCCUGGCAUGCUCAUCACGAGGGGUCGCUUACCCAUAGAAAUAAGAAAGUGAUGAUUCUGGGUUUUCUUCAUUUUCCGGAGUUUCAAUAUUUGGAGCCAAAUGGCAUGUGCAGUGGGAGCCUUUGGCGGUAGGCACAACUGGAAAGAUUUUGUUUCUCACUCAUUAAGUGAAAUACAUAUAAUUUUUAACAGAAAAUAGCUUAAAUGACUCAAGGCUAUACUGUUUACUAUAACAGUUUCAGUAAUUUUUAAAAUAUCAGUGGUUUAGCAUUUUGGUGGGAGUGUUCUGUUUUUUUUUUUUGGCACUUUUGGUUUUCAGUCCCAGCGUGUAUAAGGUGGAUAAAGCUGAUGAGACAUUUUGGAUGAGUAAAUGGAAUAUCAGAACAGUGGAUUUGACUUGCACGGAUUUGUGUAGUAAUCAGUGGAAUUGCAGCCAGACCUGUAUGAUCUUUAGAAAUUACAGACUGACAUGCCCACAGUAGAUAUCACAGUAGAUAUUUUCUGAGUAAAUCAUCUUCCACCAUUGUCUUCAGUACGGCUUUACAUCAAUCAUUUGGAUGUCUGUAAAUUAGAAAAACAUUCACCUUUGAUCCCACUAAGAGUUGGUUAGAACGGAGAAUGUAAAGUCACAAACACGGAGUGUUUGCUAUUAGCAGCUCACUAUCUUGGACAUAUUUCAAAGGGAAAAAAAGUCACGGGUUUCGGUACCGGGUGGAAUUCCCGAGAAGAAAUUAACAUGGAGAGUGACUUACUAACUUUUCUACUUGGUGAUUCUCAGCAUUGAUAAAUCUUAGCACUGCAGUUCCUUGAAUGACAUUUGUUUCAAUACCACUUUGUUAUAACAUUGAUCAGAUGCCAUAGGAAUUUAACUCUCAUUUGUAUCCAUUAGCCUGUGGGAAAAUUGCUUUCAUUAUACGUCAUUUCACUCAAAGUCAUCGGUCGAACCUGACGUUAAGUGAGGACUCACUGUGCUGUUUUCUCUCCUUGGAAGUCACCACUGAAGUGACACUAUUUCGUGAGGCUGCCCCAGAAAGUGCUGGAAUGGCCUUGCCACUCAAGGCCCCACAUCUCUAAGCCUGUGGCUGGGUUUGCAAACCUGAGUGUGUCAUAUGCAGUCACGUCCAUAGAGGCCUCCCGCCCUUGGGGGAGGUGUGCUGCGCUUGGAGGGGGAAGAACAAACGGGCUUGAGGUGUUCUUCCAUUCCGAAUCUCGCCCUUCGCAAGACCUCUCCCUGGGCCAGCUGGUGAAUAUGGGCGAGAGUCAGGUUUGAUCUGGAAAGAAGUCACAACAGGAUUAAGAAUAGGAAUGUCUGGAGGAGACGGGCUGGGUGGGACUGUUGGACUCCAGUUCUAUAGGGCAGAUGGUCUGCAGCCUGAAACAAGGACGGGGAGGCUGGGCACAGACGUGGAAAGGGGUAGCUUGAUUACUUACGGAAGGAUUUAUUAUUUACCUAAACAGUACACCCAGAAAAAAUGGAUCAGGCUUUCUG